AUGGCUGAAGCUUUAGUUAUGGCCGCCGAAGGUAUACUAACAAAGGUGGUGUUAGUAGCUGCCAACGAGAUCUCCCUUGCUUUGGGUUACAAAAAGAAGUUGGACACCCUUCACCAAACCGUAGACCUAAUUUGUGCCAAGUUGCGCGAUGCUGAGAGACAAAAAGGAACAGAGGCUGUGAUUGUAUGGCUGAAACACCUAAAACAAGUAGUUGGUGAAGCUGAUGAUGUGUUGGAUGAGGUUCAUUACGAAAUGUUGAGAAGUGAGAUAAAGAAAACAGAUCGAAUCGCAAGAAAGGUACUGUCCCUCCCAAGCUUGAAAAAGCUUUCAUUUCGUAGAGAAAUUAGUCAUAAAAUCGAAAACAUCAGCAAGAAGUUGUUACAGAUCAAUAAGCAAGCAAACCUUCUAGGGCUACAAAACGAACAGUUUACCUAUGUUCCAGAUACUCUCUAUCGGGAGACUGAUCCAUAUUUAGACGAAUUCCAAGUUGUUGGGAGGGAGGAUGAUGAACUACAUAUCAUACAACUUUUAACCCAACCAAGAAAAGAAGAAAGACUCACCAUUGUUCCUAUUGUUGGAAUGGGCGGGAUUGGAAAAACAAGUUUGGCUAAGUCAAUCUACAAUAAUACAAAAAUCGAGCAGCAUUUUGAUGUUCGAGCUUGGUUGUGUGUGUCAGUUAAGGUUGUUAUCAACACACUUCUUGCAAAGAUCCUUGAAUCUCUUUCUGGAGAGGAAUGUAAGUCACAAACUAGAGUCAAUUUGAUUACAAAUCUUCAAAAGUAUUUGGGAUCGAAAAGAUAUUUGCUAGUCCUGGAUGAUAUUUGGGACGAAGAAAGGGCACAUUGGGAUGAUUUUAGGAGUUGUAUGUUAAAAGUAAACCCAAAGAGUGGAAGUGGCAUUCUUGUCACUACUCGGAUUCUUGAAAUUGGAACCAUGGCUAUGUGUGAGGAUUCCCGUGUUUUGCAAAGUCUUUCUGAUGAUCAUUGUUGGUCCAUCUUUAAAGAAAGAGCUUUUGUGGUAGGACAAUCACCAUUGCCAGAAUUGGAGGAGAUAGGACGUGAGAUUGUGAAAAAGUGUCAUGGUUUCCCAUUGCUAGUAAAUGUAAUAGGAGGCAUGCUGCGAAAUUAUAAUAACAAAGAGAAGUGGUUGUCCAUCAAAGAUAGCAAGGUUUGGGAUCUAGAAGCAGCUGGGGAUAGAGUUCAAAAUAGUUUGAAACUAAGCUUUGAUAAUUUGCCUAAUUAUACUGUCAAGCAAUGCUUUGCAUGUUGUUCCAUCUUUCAAAAGGACAAAGUUAUAAAAAGGGAAGAAUUGAUCCAACUUUGGAUGGCUUUAGGGUUUGUUAAAGCAGAUGAGACAAGAAACAAGGAAAUGGAGGACGUGGGAAAUGAAAUUUUCCAGAUUUUGGUAAGCAAUUCAUUAUUCCAAGAUGUUAAAAGGGAUGAGUAUGGUUACAUCACUAGUUGCAGUAUGCAUGAUCUUGCUUUAUCACUUUCCAAACAUGAAAGUUUAUGUCUAGUGAGUCCGAAAAGCGAUGAUAUUGUACGUAUUCCUCAGGUUAAACAUCUCAUAGUGAACAAAUAUAGCGAAGAUAAUAUUCGAAUCAACAUUUCUUUUAAAAAGUUGAUUUCUAUGGUCUUCAAAGAGGAUACUACAGCUAGAACUUUCCAUACAUUGUUCUUCAAGGGUGAAGUCGAGAGCACCAUUUCAUUCCAACAUUUGAAGUGCCUACGAAUCCUAAAAUUCAAUGGAUGUAAACUAACGAAGAUAGACGAUUCAAUUGGAGAGUUGGUGCAUCUCAGAUUUCUUGAUUUGUCAAAUACCCAAAUCAACGUUCUUCCAAAAUCUCUAUGUAAACUUUAUCAUUUGCAAACUCUGAAGCUCUGUGGUUGCUAUCGUCUCAAGGAGUUGCCAAACGACAUGAGAAAUUUGAUAAGCCUACGAGAUUUUGAAUUUCGAGAAAACAUUCCCAUUCAUAAUGUGGGACAAUUGACUUCUCUUCGAACACUGCCUUCCUUUGGUGUGCGUAAAGAGAAGGGGCAUCAAAUUGAAGAGCUCGGGCGUUUGAAACACCUUAGUGGAAAGCUUUGUAUUUUCAAUCUAGAAGAAAUUAGCAACAAAGAAGAUGCUCUCAGUGCAGAUUUAUCUAAAAAGAAAAAUUUGUACAAGAUUUAUGCUCUCAGUGCAGAUUUAUGCCUAUGA